GUUCAUGACGUCAUAGAUCGUGUGUAAAGUUAUAGAAUUGCGAUGGAUUUCGUAAACAAUUACAACAAUUUCAUUCGUAUUGUCCCGAACAGUAGUGGAAUUAUCUCAAAAAAGGCAUCGUUGAUUGAAGAAAUAGAUCAACAAUCAGUUCCAAUUGAAAGCAAUGUGAUACAAAGUGGACAAUCUGUUUUAAAAGGAAAUGAAGGGGUUGUUGAAAUUGAUUCACCAAAUGUACCAGAUUUACAGGAUACUGAAGAAAUUAUAUCUAAACUACAUACAAUUUGUCGAUGUUGUCUCAUAGAAGACGACAAAUUGCAAGAUAUUUUCGUUGUGGAAGAAAACGGAGAAAAUUUAGUAGAAAUGCUUAUGAAUUUCGCAAACAUUCAUAUACGCAUUGGAGAUAUUCUACCGCCACUUAUUUGUUUAAAUUGUUCAAUGCAAAUUGGUCGAAUAUUUGAAUUUAAAAAUCAAAUAGAAAUGGCUGAAGUAACAUUGCGUCAUUUUGUUAGCAUUACUUCUGCUGAAGAAUCUGUAAAAAUAUCAUCAAUACCCACCGAUAAAAGUAAUUCAAAUAUGAAUUUGUCUGAACAGUCAGAACUGUUUCCAGAGGUGGAAUCCCAAAUAAGCGAAGAAUCAAACUGUAGUGUUGACUGUAAAAUUGACCCAGAAAAUACCGUUCUGAGAUGUCCUAUAGAUAUGCCAGUCUGUCAGGAAGUGGAAGUUAUUCAAAUUUCCAGAAAACACCAGAAUGAAAAAGAUCUGAGUAAGAAAGACGAAAAUUCAGAAAAAGAAGUUACAGUAACGGAAACAGUUUCUAAAACUCAACCUAAAUAUAAAGAACAUUACACAGAAAAUAAGGCUGAAGAGAUUAGAGUCGAAUCAAAAAAAAGUAGUCGACAAUGUAAGAUAAAGUUAAAAGAUCAGAUUAAAAAAGAAGAUGACUGUUCUAAUGCUAAAAAGGUAGAUGAAGAUGUAAGUGAAGAUUUAGCUUUCAAGUGCCUUGAAUGCAAAGAAUCAUUCCGAGUAGAAAGUGACCUGCAAAUUCAUUAUUCCCUCCAUGCUAAAAAUGGCAAGAAAGAGUGUUCAGCCUGCAAAAAGGAAGUACCCACUCUUGCUCAGCUGAAAAGGCACAUAAAAACUCAUUUUACGGAUAAACCAAACAAAUGUAAAAUUUGUAAUAAGGGCUUUCCAGAAAUGGGAAGCUUAACUCGACAUUUUCGGACUCAUAGUGGAGAACAACGAGUCAAAAAGCAUUUAUGCACGGUUUGCGGCAAAGGGUAUUACGACGCCCACUCAUUGUCUGUUCACAUGCGAAAACACACCGGAGAACGUCCAUGUAUUUGCAAUACCUGUGGGAAAACCUUUAUUGAUUCCCGCCUUUUGAAUUCCCACAUGAAAACGCAUAGUAAAGUAAAACCGUAUAAGUGCGGCGUGUGCCAACGACAAUUCACCCACCAAAGCACUUUAACUAGCCACAGAAGGAUUCACACGGGUGAGAAGCCCUAUGUCUGCCGGACGUGUGGAAAAUCAUUUGUGCAAUCUUCCAACUUGUCCCUCCAUAUGAGGACACACAGUGGUGUAAAACCAUAUAAAUGUGAGACUUGUGGACGAGCUUUUGCUAGUUCAUCCACCCUUAUAACGCACAAUCGUACACAUACGGGUAUUAAACCGUAUAAAUGUGGGAUGUGUGGCAAAGCUUUUGCUAGACUUGAUCUAACAGCGCACAUUCGUACGCAUACCGGUGAAAAACCAUUCCAAUGUACUCAUGCUAAUUGCCAGAAAAGAUUCACAACCAAGGGUCAACUAAAUCAACAUAUGCGAGUUCACAGAGAAGAGAAACCACUGUUUUGUCCAAUUUGCCAAAAGCGCUGCUACUCUUCAGGGAAUCUCAAAACACAUUUGAAAAUACAUGAAAAUCCCCAAAAUUCCAACCAAAACAUCCCUGAAAAUGUUGUUAGACAAACUAAAGAAGAAGCAGUAGUAUACACCAAGGCUGAAUUAAAUCCCCUGGUUGUUCAUCAAAUUCACAUAGACAGGGAAGAAAAUUCAAAUAAUGUUCAGGAAGUCAGCAUUGAAAAUUUUAGCAUUCAAGAUAUUGUGGACGAAGAAAAUCAGUUGUCUAGUGAAAUUGGCGGAGGAUCAAACACAGCAAAAUAUAUUGUCAGCAAUGUUAUUCAAGUACCAAUCUUUAUAACUGCAACUGAAUGCAGUAGUGUGAAAAAUAUCAAUGGAAUUAUUUAAUUUUUUUUUGUACUUUGAAAAAUUCACCGGAAAAAAUAAAAUGUCCUAAUUCAAAACCA